AAAAGGGAGUUUUUUAGCGGCCGUAACAGCAAGGACAAGUUUUCAUUAAGGAGGAGAAGUAAAGGCGUGAAAUAAUUCAUUAUUUCUCUCUUUUUUUUGCACAGUGGAACUUUUUUUUUCUUCCAUAUAACACGAAAGAAAUUCAAACUUGAGGAUUAUUGCUGGAUUUUUACACAUUUUGGAUUUAUUCCCUUUUCUCUGCUGUGUUGAGAAGCAGGUGAGUACGAAAUUGCAGAAGUUUCAGGAAUGUGCGCAUUUCUGCAGCUGCACUUGGUUUGGUUAGUUGUCCACCUGUUGCACAUUUGAUUUAUUUGACGAUGACAUUUAAGUUGUAAAUAGUUUGGGAUUCUUUUGUCAUUUUUGUGUCACAGGCAGCAGGUUUCACCAUGAAGUUGACAGGAAUAUUUUUGCUCUUGAUGCUUUGGACCUGCGAGAGCGCAAGAGUCGCAGGUGAGUUUGGCUCAGCUGAGUGAUACGACUUGACAUUUUAGGCAUAGCAGUUUUUUUUUCAGGUAUAACGUUGCUCGUGUUUCCUUCAUAUGAGUCGUUAAAAUUCGCAUUAUUUUGUGAUUGAAAACCAAAAAGGUCCGGUUCAGUGCCAGACAAAGGCUGACUGCUUGUUUUUACUCCCCUGCAGAGUCUCGGGACGACAAUAGCGUGUAUGACUUGUUUGAGCUCGUCCAAGUCCCCAAGAAGAACCACGGGGUGACCCUGGUAAAAGGAGACGACCCGUACAGCCCCGCCUACAAGAUCCUAAACCCGGACCUGAUCCCCCCCGUCCCCGAGAGCGCCUUUAGGGACCUGAUCGAUUCCAUCCACGCCGAGAGGGGAUUCCUCCUGCUGCUCAAUUUCAAGCAGUUCAAGCGGACCAGAGGCAGCCUCCUCACCGUGGAGAAGCAGGAUGGCUCCGGACCCGUGUUUGAGAUCGUCUCAAACGGCAAAGCGAACACCUUGGACAUAGUUUUCUCCACGGAGAAUAAGCAGCAGGUGGUUUCCAUCGAGGAUGUGGAUCUGGCUACCGGGCACUGGAAGAAUAUCACGCUGUUCGUGCAGGAGGACCGCGCGCAGCUGUAUGCAGGAUGCGAGGAGGUGAACACCGCCGAGUUGGAUGCACCCAUCCAGAGCAUCCUGACGCUGGAGACGCCUGCCGGCGCGCGCCUCAGGAUUGGCAAAGGAGCAGUGAAGGACAGAUUCAUGGUGAGAGCACGCAGGAGUGAGUUUUCAGUUUGUUUAGAAUGAAGAAAGUAAUUUUGAAUUCUACAAACAGAGAGCUUUGAUUUAAUGUGCAACUGUGUCCAAAUGCGUCAAAACGCACAUGUUGCAGAGUGGUUUGUUAUCUCAGUGCUUUAGUGUAUGCAGUCAUAAGCGAUUUUUUACAGUGAAGCACUAGACUAUAGCUUAAACUGCUCUCUGAUCGUUGCAGGGGGUCCUUCAAAACGUGCGGUUUGUGUUUGGAACCACUCUGGAUGCCAUCCUGCGCAACAAAGGAUGCCAAAACAGUAAGUGACCAAACUUCUUGUGUGUUUACUCAUCACUCAUUUGCUCGAUAUAUUGCCAAGAUCCUAUCUAAGGGAUGUGUACUGACUGAAACUGUCUGCUGAUUUCUACAUAAAUCCCUCCCAAGGACACUGGUUACCACUUGUUACACAGGAAUGCUAGUUGCAAAUAUCUCAGGGCACUGUGGUCUUCAAGUAUGUUUGCUAAGCCGUGCUGUAUUAGUUUUCAUUAUACUUCAUAGCAGUGUGGGAUGUCUCCGAUUUUAAUAAUAAUACCCUCUCUGGUUAUAAAUCAUUCAUAAAGAUUAGAGUACAGAGAUGUGAUUUAAGAUGAGAAACUGCUCCUCUUGCAGCCAUCGCAACUGAUACCAUGAUCCUGGAGAACCUGAACGGCUCCUCAGCUAUCAGAACCGAGUACACCGGACACAAGACUAAAGGUAAACACCACUGCAUGUGAGUCUGACAUGUGCCCUGUUGCAUGACUCUUUUGAUCAGGCAAGUAACUCACCAGACUUGUCAAAUAGUGGCGAUGAUUUUAUUUCUAUUGACCAUCAUCCUUGUGUUUUUCUCUGGCAAAGAUCUGCAGAUGGUCUGUGGCUUCUCCUGUGAGGACCUGGUCAGCAUGUUUAAGGAGCUGAAGAGCCUCGGUGUCGUGGUCAAAGACCUGGCAGUCAAACUCCGCCAGCUGGUAAGGAGAAACUUCACCAAACCAUCUGGUGGUAGAGUAUAACCAGUGAUUAGUUUUUUUCUGUUGCCAGUUUUCCUUUGUGUAUUGUUUUUAAAGAGUGUCUGUUCUCUGGGUGACUUCCCAGCUAUGAAUUUUUGUCAAAUUUUGCACCAUAAAAACUUAUUUUUGGUUAAGAAACCGGUGCUUAGAAAACAAAGGAGACUGCUGAGAAACAUGCUUUUUAUAGAAACUUGCCCAUUUGUAAGUUUGGAAGAGAGGAAUGCUACCAUCUGCACAGUGCAGCUGCAAAAAUGAGAGCAUAUUCUACUAUCUUCAAUUGUUUCAAUUGAUUUUAUUACAUUAUGACGAUGUAGAUUAAUCUGGAUUUUUUCAUACCUGUAGCUUCUAUGUUGUACUCAGAAUAACACAGAUAAAAUAACUACAAAAAAAAAAAAAAAAAAAACAGGAGAAAAAAACAACUAAAUGAUAAUCAAUUAUUAGGCCGUGUGCCCAAGUCUCAUGCCUUAUCAGUCCAGGAACAGCAUCAUCAUGGCAGCUAAAUCUUAAUAGUGAAGUUAUAGGAAGGCAGGUGCCAAAGGGGUAUCUCUCUUGCCAAGGUAUUUUUCCUGAUGGGAGUGUCCUUGAUCAAGAAGAUGGAAACAUUCCUCAUAGUGUUACUGAAGUUCAUAUGUGUUUUCUUACAGCAUGUUUUUGCCAGCAAAGUUAUCAACAAUCCAUUCUGUAUCUCCCCAGACUGAUGAGAACAAGCUGAUCAACACCCGCAUUGGCAUUCACAGUGGCGUCUGCAUCCACAAUGGCAUUGUGCACAAGAACAGAGAUGAGUGGACCAUAGACGACUGCACUGAGUGCACUUGUCAGGUGAGAUCUCCACUGUGGAUACUGAGUCUUAAGUACACGUGUUCAGGGGGGAUGCACUUCAUGCUCAUGAUGUAUUUGUACACCCACACUUGUAUGUAAAGUCCACUCACACAGAGGCGCACACACACUUAGAUCCACUCAACAGGCUUGGCCGGUAAUUAGCAGUGUGGAGCCCUGGCGCUAGGCCAACAGCCUUUGCUGUUGUAAUGAGAGGCCUCCUGUCAGGAGUUGAGCUGGAGUGUGACCUAGGGGGACUUGACCAGACUUUUAGUGAUGUAUUGCUAUAAUUAAGAGGGACCUUGGCUCAGAGAUGUGCAAAGAGGAAUCUCCCCUGCGAAAACACUUGGCAGGAAAGAUCCAUGAAUUUCACAGCCAUUAUUUCCUGAUUUCCUUUCUAGCAAGUUGUCCCUGAGUCUUCUUUUCUUCCCUGUGAGAGAUCAGAUCCAGAAGGGAGGGUUGAGCAUGCAUAGUUGGAGGGAGUUAUUAUCCUUCAGUCAUUCACAGGUCAUCCAUACAGAUUGGGUUUGCAUGCUGGCUUUACUUGUUCAGGGCUCAGUGCCCAGUUCAGCUCCACACUGGGACCGGCAUCCAUUAUCUGUCUUUGGCUUGGUUUCCUCCCUCUGCUGACCCAGUUAGGCAGGUUGUUGUCUGCAGGAGGUUCCCUUUCUCAGCCAGAAUUCUGCUGUUUAAUUUGCCUGUGUUUCUGCCACAGUAGUUGUGUAUAAUCUCAGAUGCUGAGUAGAGGAUUUAAUGGGUUACUUGCACGGACAUGGAGUAAGCAACUAUGCUGCUACAUACACUCAUUCAAAUAGGCUUUUGCAACAUUACACACUACUCUCUUUUGAGGUGUCUGAAUUCCAUUUGCAAACUGUACUUCAGCACCUGGACUUGAUUUGCGCAAAGGUUGCUCUAAAAUGUAUGUGAAAUCCACAGGCAUAAGUCAAACCACUUAUUUUAACCCGUGCAGAACUCUGCGACUGUAUGCCGUAAGAUUUCCUGCCCACUGAUGCCCUGCUCUAAUGCCACUGUUCCCGAUGGAGAGUGCUGUCCAACCUGUGGAACACGUAAGCAUUUUUUCCUAUAAAAUAUAACUCAUCGUUUAAACUGUAUAGCUACAGGAAAGCACACUGCACUAGCUGUAAUGUAAACCUGUACUGUAGGCUACUGUAAAAUGACCCCUUUGAGCUGGAGUGUGUAAGUUUCAACUGACAGACAGAUCAUUUCCCUGAAAGAGACAUUUCAAGUUAUUUUCUGUAUACAACAGAAAGAUUUCCCUUGAUACAAGAGGUUCCAUUCAAGAGAAAACAGACUACUUUUAGAGAUGAUUUAACUGCAAUAACAUCCGAUUAAAUAAAAGGGCACUUGUGUGUUUAAAACACAGAGGCUUUGUGCUCCAAACAUCUUUGAAUCCUCAAGUUCAAAUAGCUGCAAUUUGCCAAAUUGGUUCAAAGUUGGAUGGAAAAUGGGCCGGCUGUUUAGUGAAGCCAUCUUCCACAUGAAAAGAAGUGACAUGUACUUCAUACCUAUGCGGGCUUGGCUGUCAUGCUGCUGUAGAACCUAAAUAAACAAAGGGAGCUACAUUCAUCCAAAGCUCAGCCACUUGUUUAAGUCAUUACACACCCAGGGCCAUGUUUGCAAAAUCUGUUUCCCCUUUAGGAAAAUAUAAGCCAGUGGGGCAUCCCAAUGUGUCUUGAAGACAGUGGCUCAUUCUGUUUCUCCAGCCUCUCUCAGAGUGUUAGUCCCAGCCUCCCCUUCAACAGAGGGCCUUCUUUUUAUCCUAAAGUUCCAGCUAAAUCCACACUAUUAGCCCUCUGCUUUAGGAGCUUUCCCUCCUCAUUUAGACUUGGGGGGUGUUUGUGAGGGCUGCUGCCUCGCUGGAAUAGCUCUUUUAUUGUCUCCCUCUUCCCCUCUCUCUCUCUCAUAUUCUCUCCCUCUCCCUCCUGCUCAGUGAGCGACUAUGCAGAGGGUGGCUGGUCGCCUUGGUCUGAAUGGACUCAUUGUUCCGUGUCGUGUGGGCGGGGCAUCCAGCAGCGUGGGCGCUCUUGCGACCGUAUCAAUAACAACUGUGAGGGUACCUCUGUGCAGACCCGAGACUGCUACCUCCAGGAGUGUGACAAGCGCUGUGAGUUCACAACAACAUACCCUCACCCAAAUAUAGUGACAGCGUUGGUCUGGUAAUCACCAUAACCUUUUCAGUAAUAUAUGACUGAACGCCACAAUAGUCCAUCCCUUCUGAUAAAUGACCUCUGACCCUUCUUCAUUCCCCUCAGUCAAGCAGGACGGCAACUGGAGCCACUGGUCACCCUGGUCAUCCUGCUCUGUAACCUGUGGUGCUGGUGUCAUCACCCGUAUCCGCCUUUGCAACUCCCCCACCCCUCAACUUGGAGGCAAGGACUGUGUGGGAGAGGGCCGCCAAACUGAGAAGUGUCAAAAGUCUCCAUGCCCGAGUAAGUCCAACCUUCUGAUACUUUCAACUCGGUUUUAUUUGCCUGUUGUUAAAAACAUGCUUAAAAACUGAUCAUGAUCCCUUUGUGGCUCUCUUAGUCAAUGGCAACUGGGGACCUUGGUCACCAUGGGAUAGCUGUAGUCUUACCUGUGGAGGAGGAGCCCAGACCCGCAAACGCCUGUGCAAUGAUCCUGCACCAAAAUAUGGCGGAAAAGAGUGUGUUGGUGACGCCAAAGAGAGCCAGUUGUGCAACAAGAAAGCAUGCCCAAUUGGUGAGCCACCUUAAGCCUCCACAAUUGGGUUCUAUUGUAUUAGUAUUAUUUUAGAAGCUGUAUGUUUUAUGAUUUAAUACAUUAGAAUAGUUUGGGGUUUCUUUUCCUAAUCAAACUUUAAAAAAAAAAAAGAGAUCAUCAUUGGAAAAGAGAGUAACCUGAUAAUAAAAAGGGGUAACAUUUGAAUGAUAUCUUUAAGCUUGUGGUUGCUGUGUAAUAAUGAGUGAACAUUACUGUUUUUAGAUGGAUGCCUCUCAAACCCCUGCUUUGCUGGAACCAAGUGCACCAGUUUCCCUGAUGGUUCAUGGAAGUGUGGGAAGUGCCCAGCUGGUUACACCGGCAAUGGUAUCAAGUGCAAAGAUGUUGAUGAGGUAAACGUCCAUAGAUGGUGUUUAAAAAUUCAGUCAACUUCCAAUUUGGUUGGAGGCCCCUUAAAACACCCACUGGGUCUUCUACUUUAUCCUCAAUGGUGGUCUUUUUCCUUCUUAAAACAGUGCAAAGAGGUGCCAGAUGCCUGCUUCGAGUUUAAUGGCGUUCAUCGCUGUGAGAACACAGAUCCCGGCUACAACUGUCUACCCUGCCCUCCUCGCUACUCAGGACUCCAGCCGUUUGGGAGAGGUGUGGAACAGGCUACUGCUAACAAACAGGCAAGUGAGCUCUUGUGGUUGUCAGCCAGUGAGAGACAAAUACAGGCAAAUAAUCUGGCAAAACCUAGUUUGGAGUAAUGAGAAAGAAAUAAGUGAAUAAAUGAUGAAUGAUGAACAGGAGAGAAAUUUGUGCAUGGUAGCCCUGAGGCAAGACCAUUCUGCUGUAUUGUAAUGAAAAGCUACCUUUGUGAGGACAGAAUGUCAUGAAUUUGAACUAUGCAUGGACAGUUUGAUCACUGAUCAUUCCUCUCCAGGUGUGCACACCCCGUAAUCCCUGCCUGGAUGGGAGCCAUGACUGCAACAAAAACGCCCGCUGUAACUACCUUGGACAUUUUGCCGAUCCUAUGUUCCGCUGUGAGUGUAAGCCAGGUUAUGCUGGCAAUGGCCAUAUCUGUGGAGAGGACACUGAUCUAGAUGGAUGGCCAAAUGCUGACUUGGUUUGUGUGGAAAACGCCACCUACCACUGCAAAAAGGUAAGUAGCAGUGGAUUUCAAAACUCAUGUGGGUAAUAGCUCAGUGAACAGUUUAAUUAAAGACAUUUAUUUCAUGUAUGUUUCUAUCAUCUCUGACCUUCAUUCUUGUUUUUUUUUUUUUUUUUUUUUUUUGUUAUUCAGGAUAACUGUCCAAACCUCCCCAAUUCUGGGCAGGAAGAUUACGAUAAGGAUGGCAUUGGAGAUGCUUGUGACAGUGAUGAUGACAAUGAUGGCAUCCCUGAUGACAGGGUAAGUGAAAUCCUUUCUGUGUGUACCUGUGUGUGUUCUUUGACUGAGAUUUUCAUUCAUCAUUCAUGCUGUCUUAUUAGAGGGCAGGUGGAGGGAGGAUGGGAGGGGAGGCUUAGCAGGAAAGCAAAUGUUUCUCCCAACCUUGAGCCAAAACCACAAAUUCCAACAGUGAGGCACAGCCCUGAAGGAGCUGCACUGUGUGUUUGCUAAUCCCAACAUUAGAUUUGGGACAGGACCUAAAAAUAAAGCACCCUUUCAUACAGCAUCAAUCCCUCCCUGUAAAUAGACCCCUUGAGGCUCAAACGGCAAAUGAAAAUGAGUGCACCUGGAAGUCCAUCCUUAACUUAUUCCCCUCCUACAUGUCUUUCCUUUAUGAAACAGGACAACUGCCCAUUUGUGUACAACCCAAGGCAGUAUGACUAUGACCGUGAUGAUGUGGGUGACCGCUGCGACAACUGCCCCUACAAUAGUAACCCAGACCAGACGGACACAGACAAUAACGGAGAGGGAGACGCCUGCGCUGUGGACAUCGAUGGAGAUGGUGAGUACUGAAAACCUGAAGUUAGGUCAUGCUUUUUGAUUUACACACUUACAUUAUGAGUUUUUAAAGUCAUAUAUUCACAUUCAUUUCACAGGCAUACUGAAUGAGAAGGACAACUGCCCCUAUGUGUACAAUGUGGACCAGAGAGACACAGAUCUGGAUGGAGUUGGAGACAUGUGUGACAAUUGUCCUCUAGAACAUAAUCCUGAUCAGGUAUGUUGACUCAAAAAGUACUCUAAGCUCUCCCCCACUUUCUUCCACCUCACCCAACAAUAAUCCAAAUUCAUCUCCCUGAUUUUCUCCAUAGCUCAGCAUGUAUUGCUCUGUCAAUUGAGACGGAGCCUCAGUGAUUAGCCCUGUGCAGCUUUCUAAGCUUUUAUCACGCCAUGUAAAGUCCUGUAUGAGCUCAAGGGCGCAUCAGUUCAAUAAGGCGUGGUGGGGGGGAAAGGGGCUUUUCAAUGGCCUAUUGACGUUAGCUGGCUAAUGUGAAGGAAGAGGCCCCAGGGUGGAUGCCAUGAGGAAUGGACUGGCCCCGGGCUGUGUGCAUACCCUGUCUGCACACCACUGGCCUGCUCAGUCCACCUGUGGCAUGCUACAUUGGGAGAUAGGAAUGUGUUAAACAAUAGUACUUCAAAAUAGGGAUGAGGAAAAGAGGGGAAAGUCCAAAUCUACUCUGGUUUGGCCUUAGAGGGAUGGAAAGACUGAAAAAAGACUAGUCUAUUUUUGAAGUGAUGUUACCUGUUGAUCCAAAGACAACAAAAUGAUAAAAUAACUCUCAUAAAGUUGAUCCUUUUGACAAUAAAACCACUGAAUUUACACAAUUAUCAUCACACCCAGUUUAUGCACACACCCCUCAUUUAUUUUCAUUACUCCCUCGUCUCAAGUCCUCCUCAGUGCUGGAGGGUGUGUCUAGUAUUGCUCAUUUACUUUCUGAACAAAGGGGAGAGGAAUUUAAAAAGAAUGAUGAAGUUACAGUUUCUGAGGCUGGACCCUGCUGGCAGAUUUUUUUUGACAAAUUGAGUUUGGAAACUUUACAAAGGCACGGUCAUUCAGCCUUUGUUAAACACCUCAUAAAAAGAGGAGGUUAUAGAUCUAAAAUUCCUUCUGCGGUGGGGGACGACCCAGCUCAGCAGAGCGCAGCUUGGCUAAGGGUGAAAAUAUACUGAUAUCAGCACAGGAGGGCAAACACAAAUAUUCUAUGUAGCAAACCACCGGACGUUGAUUAACGUGGAUGCUCUUCAAUCUUCCUGUCUCCAGCCGGUCUCCAGUGGGUUGGGCAAAUUCAAAAUGUUAAUAACAAGGAGGCUGUUCUGAGACCGGCUGUUACCUGUGAGAUGGGGGUGCUCUGAAAACCAAUCCAUUAGCACUUGGCAUGUUCCUCCUAAUGAAAUUAACCAUAGACUGUCAAUUGAUGCAGAAAAAAUUUAGUCGACCAAUAAGAAUUUUGGUGGACUCAACACGUAUUGACCAAUAAGUCGACCGGUCCACUAGGACUUUACAGCCCUAGUCAUCAUAUGCUCACACUUGAUGAUGGAGUGUGCCUAUAUAGAUUAGAGUAUCCUGGUUUUGAUCAGGGUUUAAAUGAUCCAAUUUAUGAUAUCGGUCCAUGUAAACACACUCAUUCUCCUCAUAAGCCUUAUACCAAAAUGAUCAAAACUCUGACUCUGGACCAUUCUAACAUUGCAGGUAGAUUCAGAUGAUGACCGUGUUGGAGACAAGUGUGACAGCAACCAGGACAUCGAUGAGGAUGGACACCAGAACAACCUUGACAACUGCCCAUACAUCCCCAAUGCUAACCAGGCCGACCAUGACAAAGAUGGCAAAGGAGAUGCUUGUGACCACGAUGAUGACAAUGAUGGCAUCCCAGAUGACAAAGACAACUGCAGACUGGCCUUCAAUCCUGACCAACUAGACUCUGAUGGUGAGCAAAAUGAAUCAGACACAGGUUCCUUUACAAUCUUUAAAUGGCCCUGAGCAAUAAAGUAAGAGACAACAUGUCCUGUUUAUACAUCUUCAUCACAGUUUGGGUAUUAUCAUAUCUUCCUGUCUUAGGUGAUGGUCGUGGAGAUGCUUGCAAAGAUGACUUUGAUCAGGACAAUGUCCCUGACAUCUACGAUGUGUGCCCUGAGAACUUUGACAUUAGCGAGACUGACUUCCGCAAGUUCCAGAUGGUUCCUCUGGACCCCAAAGGCACUUCUCAGAUUGACCCUAACUGGGUUGUCCGCCAUCAGGGCAAAGAACUUGUGCAAACGGUCAAUUGCGACCCUGGCAUUGCUGUUGGUAAGAUCACUCGACUAUGGCUGUCUGGAGCAUCAGUUUAAUUUUACUUAAAGAUGGUACUCUGACAAUUUAAGGGUUUGGGGUUUCUGAUGAAACUGAGGUGUCUGUCUUGGGUUUCUCCUCCAGGUUACCAUGAGUUCAAUUCUGUGGACUUCAGUGGAACUUUCUUCAUCAACACAGAGAGGGAUGAUGAUUAUGCUGGUUUUGUUUUCGGCUACCAGUCCAGUUCCAGGUUCUAUGUAGUGAUGUGGAAGCAGAUUACACAAACAUACUGGUCUAAUAAACCCACAAAGGCUCAGGGCUACUCUGGCCUGUCCAUUAAAGUGGUGAACUCCACCACUGGCCCAGGAGAGCACCUAAGGAACGCCCUCUGGCAUACAGGAAAUACUCCAGGACAGGUAAGGGAUCUGGUGGAGGUUUGGAGCUUCUUUUCCACUAUGGGCCAUUUCAAUUUAGAGAUGUGUAAUACAUGUCUUUUUAUGUUCCCAUGCUUCAGGUCCGCACUCUCUGGCAUGACCCUAAGAAUGUUGGAUGGAAAGACUUCACAGCAUACAGAUGGCACCUGAUCCACAGACCAAGAACAGGACUUAUUAGGUGGGUGAAGAAUCUCCAGAAGUCCAGAUAGAAAGUCUGCAAAAAUUCCCAAGCUUUGGACCAAACCUGAUUGAAUCUCUCCUUCUUUCUGUAGAGUUGUGAUGUAUGAGGGCAAGAAGAUCAUGGCAGAUUCUGGGAGCAUCUAUGACAAGACAUAUGCAGGUGGCAGGCUAGGUCUCUUUGUCUUCUCACAAGAGAUGGUAUACUUCUCAGACCUCAAGUAUGAAUGCAGAGGUGAGGAUUUACACGAAGUUCACUGAAUCAUGAUUGUAACAAAGCUUGCACAAGAUGUCUUGCUUCUAAUAACUAUGUCCCUGAAGAGUCAAAAUUAAGUUCUUUCCAUUGCCUCUUUCCUGAACAGAUGCCUAAACACCCAGCACAGGAAUCUCUGAGGGAUGCACCUUUUUUGUACAAAGUAUGAACUUUUGUUUCUGAUGCAAAGUCCAGGGACCGACACAUUUCCGCAACUCUUCCUUCUGCGGUACGCACACUUGGACCAGGCAAGGGGCAUGUGGUCAACCUCAGGGUAGCUUGAAGCAGGUUUGGACAAACCUCCUACCUGUUGACUACCAGUUGGGGAUCAGAGAGUCCCUUCUUCUCCAUUCUUAGCAUCCAUUGGAGCAGAAAGAGUUCUGGAAAAUCAAAGACAAGCUCUUUGCUUUUAGGACACUAACACCUUUCUGUUCCAGCUCUACCUGCUUCUCUGAAAGAGCUCAUUUAUCUCUGUGCAGGAACGCUCCCCAUCAAUAACUAUGCACUUCCAAGCCUUUACAUCUCUCUCUGUCAAGCCUCUUUAGCCUUUGUGCCUUCCUACCUUACCUUCUGAAUGGACAUCCCAAAGAAAAACUGAUGAAAUAUUUCAUUCACUUUAUUACUAGAUCUGCCAGGAUGUAGAUUUUGAAAGACAGAACUUUUGAGGACUCAAAGGAUGAAGACAGCAGUGACUUUUUUUUAGGAAUCGUUUUUUGAUGAAGACGCGGGACUCCAGAGACUGCUGGGUGUGGAACAUGAUAGAAAGAAGGGCAACAUGACGCUGUGGUUGUAAAUGUUAAUAAUGAGUAUACUGUACGUGGAAGAUUGAAUGGAGCAAGAGGGUGCCUUACCCAUCUACCUAAGAAAUCUUUAUAGACGAUCGCUAUCAAAAAGAGAACUACAAAUUUUUAUUUAGGGUUAGUUUUCUUUUUCAGUUACACAUAUCAUAGGCUUUGUUUAUUGUUUCUUGUAAACUCAACAACUCUCAGGGUGAGAUGGAAGUCACAACCUUCCCAUAUCAUUUCUGCAAAGAAAAUAUAUGAGGAUUUGAUUUUUUUUUUUUUUUUUACAAAAAUUGCACAAACAGUUGAUCAGAAAGCCAAUAUUCCCUUUAACAUAACCUCCAUUUAACAUCAAAACUUUGGUCAAUGAAGAGAUUUAUCUCCCUCAACUGGUGAGGAUUUCAAUUUGAAUAAUGUAAAUACAUGUAAUUUAUUGACUCUUGCCUACAGUGUAGGCAGCUAAAAAUUUGAAUGCUUUGAAAAAGUACAAUUAUUAAAAGAAUAUCCAUCCAAUGUCAUUGUGCAAACAAGGGGCUUACCAAUUUUUGUUGUUGGCUGAUUAUCAGGCUGACAUUUGGCAACUGAUUAGUUACCUGAAUUGGCUUUUUAUUUCAUAGAUGGCCAACAGAAUUAAUAAAUUGAAAAUUGAAAAGUGUGAUAAUCAGGCUGCACUGUCAGUUUUACUCUGGAUUUGUUUUCUUACAUCAUUUUGUCGUCUGGUUAUCUAGAAGUCACCUAACUUUGAUCUGACUGUACUGGAAUCGUAACUGGUUCACUGUAAACUCCAGUCAAUGAUGUUGAGCUUGGGGCAAAGUUUUAUGUUGAAAUUUGCAUUACCCAAAUUCACAAUUUUCAAAUUCAUAUAACUUCCAAAUAUCAGUUUUAUGAACUACAAAUAAUCUGUCGACCCCCGACCCCAAGUGAAAACUGACCCAAAAUCAGGUACAGCCGGGUUUCAGCAGCAUUAUGCAUGCUUUUCCAGUGUCUUAUCAUCUCCCACUGUACAAAGUGAAUUAAAUAUUCUUCAGAUGGAGCUAUUAAGCAUGAAGCGUGUGCUACUUGUGUGCCUUUCCUUCAGAGAGAGAUGAAAAACAAAGGAAAUCUUUGAUGUACAAAUAUUACCUCAUUGCUGUUGUAUAAUUUGAUCGAACAAAAACACAACCUAAGUACUUUUUCAUAUUCAUUUGAAAUGGACAAUUUAGUGCUACUGUAGCAUGAGCUGUAAAUAGUAUGACAUUUCUAAUCUUAAAACACAACAAUCUCCCAAACCUGUGAUCUACCCUGGUAAGAUUAACAGAACAGCCGGAGAUAUCUUUUUUAUGAAUCAUUUUGCUUUAUCAUGAUAUGUCCAAUGCUGUUUUUUUUUAGCAGGUAAAUUAUUCUUAUGUUUUUGUCGUAGCUGUUUGAAAGAGGUCGAUAUGUGUGUGCGUGUGUGUAGAAAAAUGCUAUUUAAAUAAUUUAUCAGGAUUUGCAGCCUUGCUAAAGGGCGCAGGUCCGUCUGUAUAAACAGUUUGCACACUGACGUGAGGAUGUUCUGUUCUUUAUGGUUUUUACCUUCUUUGUUAUUGUGUACCAAUGUUACCAUUAUUUUUGUACAAUUAGUUUUGCUUUUCUGUAAACAUUUUUCUUAGAUGUACAAAGCGAAAAUGCUGUUUUUAUUCAUAGUGGAUAUUUUGUUACAUACUUCAAGACAAUAAAUAGUUGUUAAAUUUCUGA